UUGACUCUCCAUUUCUCGCUCCUCAGCAGCCAUGACCGAGUUCUGGUUGAUUUCUGCUCCUGGAGAGAAGACCUGCCAGCAGACAUGGGACAAACUACUGACGGCCACAACUCGCACCAACAACCUCUCCACCAACAACAAGUUCAACAUUCCCGAUCUCAAGGUCGGGACAUUAGAUGUUCUGGUGGGGCUGUCUGAUGAGCUGGCCAAGCUGGACGCUUUUGUCGAGAGUGUGGUGAAGAAGGUGGCUCAGUACAUGGCAGACGUGUUGGAGGACAGUCGAGAUAAAGUGCAGGAGAACCUGCUGGCUAAUGGAGUCGAUCUGGUCACCUACGUCACAAGAUUCCAGUGGGACAUGGCCAAGUACCCUAUCAAACAAUCCUUGAAGAACAUUUCUGAGAUUGUAUCCAAGCAAGUCUCACAGAUUGACAACGACCUGAAGGCUCGAGCGUCAGCCUACAACAACCUGAAGGGAAACUUACAGAAUCUAGAGAGGAAGAACGCAGGGAGCCUGCUGACCAGGAGUUUGGCAGAUAUUGUCAAGAAAGACGACUUUGUGCUUGAUUCGGAGUACCUCAUUACUAUGCUGGUGGUCGUACCAAAAACAAAUUAUUCCGACUGGCAGCGCACUUACGAGACUCUUUCAGAAAUGGUGGUGCCACGAUCUACAAAUUUGCUUUUUGAGGACCAGGAGAGCGGCCUGUUUACCGUCACGCUCUUCAGAAAGGCCAUCGAUGACUUCAGACUCAAGGCCAGAGAAAACAAGUUCACGGUCCGGGACUUCCAGUACAACGAGGAGGAAAUGAAAGCAGAUAAGGAGGAGAUGACCAGACUCUCAACUGACAAAAAAAAACAGUUUGGUCCACUUGUUCGAUGGCUGAAGGUGAACUUCAGUGAGGCUUUUAUUGCUUGGAUCCAUAUUAAGGCUCUGAGGGUCUUUGUGGAAUCAGUGUUGAGAUAUGGAUUGCCUGUGAACUUCCAAGCAAUGCUGCUACAGCCCAACAAGAAAAACAUGAAGAAGCUGAGGGAGGUUUUGAACGAUCUUUACAAGCACCUGGACAGCAGUGCAGCUGCCAUUAUCGACCAAUCUGCCAUGGAUAUUCCUGGCUUGAACCUCAGCCAGCAAGAAUACUAUCCCUACGUGUACUACAAAAUCGACUGCAACCUACUGGACUUCAAAUAGAAGAACCGCUUGUAAUC